CAAUCCCCGAUGAAAUUAUUCUCUACUCAGUCCAACUCCAACGAUUGCGCACAGCAUGAGUGUUCCCGACGCGAAGCCUCAGGUCAGCAUUCCUGCUCAAGCUGCGGAGGAGAACAAAUCCUUGGAAAAUGUCCCGUCGGCGAAAGGAUAUGUGGACGCGAAGGAGGAAAGAGCUUUUUUGUGGCGGCUCGAUGCGUGGUUUCUCUCUCUAGGUUUUCUGGGAUACAUGUUCAAGUAUAUCGACCAAACCAACAUCUCAAAUGCAUACGUCUCCGGAAUGCAAGAGGACCUCGACCUCUACGGCAACCAGCUGAACUACUUCACCACCUACUUCAACAUCGGCUACAUAAUCAUGCUCUACCCUUCCUGUAUCAUAAUAUCCUACAUCGGCCCCUCGAAAUGGCUCCCGGGAUGCGAACUCAUAUGGGGGAUUCUCACAUGCUGCCUGUCUACUGCCUCGAAUUACAAACAAAUAUACGGCCUCCGCUUUCUGAUAGGGUUCUUCGAGGGCACAGCGUGGCCGGGUUACUUCACGAUCAUGAGCCAGUGGUACUUACCACAUGAAAUUGCGCUUCGCAUGGGUCUGUAUAACAUCGCGCAGCCAGCCGGUGCGAUGCUCUCUGGCGCUAUGCAAGGCGCGCUAUCGGCGAAUUUCGAGGGAGUGCACGGCCGUGCUGGGUGGCGGUGGGCGUUCUUGAUUAAUGGGGUGUGUACUAUCGCUAUCGCUUUGAGUGCAUUCUUCAUCAUACCUGGGUAUCCGGAGCGACCGAAUCGAUUGGCGAGGUUUUAUUUGAACGACAAAGACAUCAAAAUCGCACUGAAGAGGGCCGAGCGUGUGGAUCGAAAACCGCAGAUUGGGAUUACGGUGAAGCGGUUUUUGAGGUGUUUUACAUUCUGGCAGUUCUGGGCCAUCGCUAUAUCGUGGAGUAUCGGAGCGAAUUUCCAGCCUUCAACCUACUUCAAUCUCUGGCUGAAGAGCCUGACAAACAGCGAUGGAACAAGGAAAUACUCCGUAUCGAUGCUCAACUACCUACCAAUAGCAGGCCAAGCCUCCCAACUCGUCGCCUCACUCCUCUUCUGCGGUCUAAGCGAUUUCUUCCAAACGCGCCUCCCUUUCCUCAUCCUACACUCCGCUAUCAACAUAACCUCCCUCGUCAUACUUAUCAUACGCCCCGAAAACGAACAAGCCUACAUGGUUGGCUGGUAUCUCAACUAUAUUGGUGCCGUAUCGACUAUGUUGCUUUGCGCGUGGGCAUCGGCGAAUCUGCAAGACGAGCCUGAAGUUCGUACAGUGCUUUUCGCGACAGGGACGAGCUUGUCAUAUUGUAACAAUGCAUUCGUGCCGCUUGCGGCGUAUCCGGCGAGGGAGGCACCGCACUGGAGGAUUGGCGCAAAGCUCUAUCUUGGUUUUGCAGUGGUGGCGACGGGGAUGUUUGUGGGGCUUUGGUACGGAUUUCGAUGGGAGGAGAGGAAGAAAGCAGGGAAACUUAAAGAUGAAGAGCAUGUGUCUAAAGUGGAAGAUGAAGUUGGGAGGAAGGAAUGUGAAGAGCAUGUGACGGAGGUGACAGAUGAAGCUGGAAGUAAAGGAUGCGGAGACCGUGUGACCGAGUUGAGAGAUGAAGACAGAGUUGAAGUGAAGGAAUCGAAGGACUGA